AUUGAGAGACACGUAAAACAUGGCGGAGGCCGUUGUGGAUGGAAGUCCGAUGUCUCGGUUUUUUUGCCACAAAUGCAGCGUCAAAAUCGAGCGUCUGCUGCCGAAUUAUACGUGUCCACGAUGCGCGAGCGGUUUCAUUGAAGAGCUGGAGAUCAGCAGCAAUGAGGGCAGCUCGGGCAUGGAUAUGAACAGCGAAGAACUGAGCGAUGGGGAUAUCGACAUCUUGACCUUGAACCGCUCCGACCGUGACCGUGAUAUAAUAGAGAUGAUAAUGGGUCUCUCGAAUACAUAUACCAAUCAACAAUUGAACACCAGUCAACAGCCGGGUGGAGGCAAUAGGAACUAUGUGCUCGGAAGCAGAAGGAGAUCCAAUUGGUCUCGUAACCCUCAAGAUGGACGUCGUACUAGCAGCAAUCGUAGAAGACAAGAGAGCCUACAGAUGCCUAUAGAGAAUUUCAUACAAGAUUUUAUCUUCAAUCUUUCGGGAGCAGCGAGUCUAAGCAACUCUGUGGGUCAAGAUGCACAGCCAUCUGUAUUCAAUGUUAGACUGUUCUUGGGAAAUCCUGGAGAUUAUGUUUGGGGUCGUGAUGGAUUAGACGCUAUUGUUACCCAAUUAUUGAAUCAAAUGGAUGGUACUGGACCACCACCAUUAUCACGCAAUCAGAUCGAUGAGAUACCUACUACUACUAUAACGCAAAGUCAAGUUGACUGUAAGCUACAAUGUUCUGUUUGUUGGGAAGAUUUUAAGCUGUCCGAACCUGUUAGACAAUUGCCAUGCCAGCACGUUUAUCACGCACCAUGCAUUGUACCCUGGCUGGAAUUACACGGAACCUGUCCCAUUUGCAGACAGAACUUGGGAGAUCAAAAUCAGGCUGAAGCAAACCAGGAUGCUGCAGCUAACAUAGCUGGAUCUACUUUAGCCGGAUCUAGUUUUGCUGCUUUGUUUAGGGCAGCAAAUGAAGCACACCGAACAGGACAGCCAAUUAGCCGGACAUCAUCUACUUCGUCAUCUACUUCAUCAGAGUAGCUGCAGUGCUUGUUCAAGUGAGAUACGAGUGAUAUUUUUCUUUCAACUAUCCGAUUUCGUAAUUAGCCGAAUGUAUAAUCUAUUUUUAACACAUUGAUACCAUUUGGCAUUUUCUUGCCUUUAAUAAGGCAAAUAUCUCUUUACAGAUUAAACAUGUCAACUACAAAAUUCGAAUUAUUAUCACUUAAUUAAUCGAUAUUGGCUCAAUAAGUUCGAUGAACUAUUUUGUUCUACGUUCAAAAAAUUGUACUAAGUGGGAUAUCAGCCAAAAUGGUCAAAAAUCGUAUAUUAAAUUAUUAAAUUUGUCUCUGCCUGUUGCUAUUUUAACAUUCAACAUUAAGACAUGCGUUAAAUUAUAAUAUCUCACGAUCUUCACUAAUGCCAUUUGAUUCAAUAUAUAAUACUUGAUUGAAUGAUUACUGAAACGUUCCAGGCAUUGACGAAUCAUAUGCGUUGUUACAUUUCAGUGCAAACAGGAGAUUUUAUUUUAUGAUUUAAUUAAAUGAAAUGAAAUAAAAAAAACUCCGAGAAAAGAAGCAAUCUACAUAGACAUCUUUAUUUAUGCAUUAUUUAGGCAAUUUUAUUUUGAGUAAUGUUAAUUUAACAAAACUCGAAUCAACAAAUUUUGAGCUAUUUGUAAAAUAUAAUUUUUAUUUGUCGCCGAGGCUCAGUAAAAUCAAUGUAAAUUUAAGAAUAAACGUGAUGAUUCGCGAUUUGAAAGCAAAUUAAUAAAUUCAAAUG